AUGGGUCAUUAUCAAGACGGUACCAUGCUUAUUCGAAUCAGUCGGGAUAAUACCACAACAUGUCUUGAGCAGAGGUUAUUACUUCGUGUUAUUGAAACAAACGGAAAUGUUAUUGAAAUAAAUUUUGAUAAUGAGGAAAUACAAUACAUCAACUAUUGCAAAGCUUGUUUUAUAAGUCCUCGAUUCUAUAUACAAGUCCUUCCAUUAUUUGACCAAUACAUUCUACUGACAUAUAUUCAUGGAAGUAUUCCCUCUGAUAAUGCAACUUUUACUAAUCGGGGAAUGGUUAUCGAUUGGAGCGGAAAAAUUAUAAGGUUAGAAAACUUAGCGGCUAUUAACAUUGAUCCCAGCAAAGGAUUCGCAUAUUUCUACCGAGUACGUGGAGAAUGGGAUAAUUGGGGAGAAUUAAGACAAUAUAUAGUUGAUAAUAAUGGAACAAUUAUUUUAUUACAGCGUAGCAAGAUAGUAACUUUAGAUAGUGGCGGCUUAGACAUACAUUCAACUGUAGAUAGUGGAUAUAUGUCUAUAUACAUUCUUUAUCCUGCCGGUAUAAGUAAUUCUACAUUUAAUGGAGGAGGAUUAUAUGUCACACUGUUGGGUUAUAAUCAAACAGUGAUGAGUAAUGAAAUGAUUUUAUAUAAACCACUAGGAGAUCUAGGAUUUGGUGGUGCAUUGUGUGACACUAAUUAUGUUUCUGGUCAUAUGUGUCUUUUAUUUGUCACCACAAAUACUACUAUAGCAACGAACACACUUUAUUAUACAUUACGCUUUCUCUCUACAGGAUCUGUAGUAUCAAUAUCUCAAAUAAUGAAUCCAAUUUUCGACCUCAAUUCAACGUAUUUCAAAUUAUUGCCUCUUGGAGGAUACAUAUUUGCUUCAAUAACACCAUAUGGACAAGCUAGUAAUUUGACCUUUCGUCUUUAUUACGAAAAUAAUAGUCUAGCCGAUUGGGAUUUUCCGCUGAAGCCUAUUGUCCUAGAUGGAUUCUUUGAUAUAUUGCCAAAUAAUACAAUGACUGUGUUGGUAAAUUUAACAUCUACCUCUUGGAGUCUUCUUAUGAUUGAUCUGCCUAACCUUUCCCCGUACGAUGAUAAUGGAUAUGAUAAUUUACAUGUGAAAUUAACAUACCCUCCAAAAGACUAUAGGGAACUAUUAGUAAAUUCCAAUAUGAUUUCCAUCGAAUUUCACGAAUCCGUUUUAUUCUCGGAUGGCAAUUUAACCAUUUAUCAAAAAGUCAACCAAACUGAUAUUAUUCGACAGAUAAUUAACUCAAGAACUUGCAAGUGUUCUGCUUCAGAAACGAUAAUCAAACUUGAAGUAUUUUCUUGUGCUUUUAAUGAUCCAGGUGGUCAAUUUUAUACAAAUGGACAACAAUUUUGUAGUAUCCGAGGAAAACUACUGUUAACAACAAUUGGAUCUCAAUAUUUUCAAAGAUUAGAUAACUCAGGAAAACAUGGUUUCUUUUACUAUUUAAUAAAUGAACUUACAAAUAUGAUUCCCAUAGAGCAAGGAAGACUAAGCACAAAUGAAUAUUAUCAGAUUGAUAAUACCUGGUCCACUUCUGAACAAAUCCUUAUUUCACUUUUUAUUAAUGAAGAGGAAAAUGAAAAAAUGAAUGCCAUUGCUAUUAGAGAUGAUUUAGACCAGUUAGUUAGAGAGAAAAAAUCUACAGGUCUAUCAAUGGGAAAAAUCACAAAAUAUUUAGAUGAAACUUAUGGAUUCAAAGAACUCACAUUUUCAAUAAUAUUUUCUGAGAGGAGUAGAGAUUUUAUCAAAUGGUUUUCAAACUAUGGCAAGGCUACAACUUCAUUCGCAUUAUUAGCUGGGGCAAAUAUUGAUGUACUAUUGAUAUUAAAGUCGCGUUUGGGAAAAUUAAACAUUUUCAAUGCACCAUUCUCUGAUAAAUCAUUGAAAUUAAUUUUUGGAGGAUCUUGUAUCGAUAUAUUUUUGGCAGACAUACCACAACUUAUUAUUCAGAUAUUUUAUAUUCGUUUUAGUGUCGAACCUGAAAUUAUUCCAUUCUUUGUCUUAAUAGCUUCAGGUCUUUCAAUUCUUUCUAGCGUAGUUAGUAAAUUACUUUUUAUUAAAUUUAAAGCAUACUCUCCUUAUUUAAGUAAUUUAGAUGAACGUAAAGAUAUCCCAUCAGACAC